ACGGUAUUUUCACACCUUCAACGAGGAGGGUUUAAAAUGAGAUGUUAGAGGUUGAGGUUGAAGGGUCAUCGAGUCCACGGGGCAACAACACAUCUGAUCUUUUAAAUUCAUGUUUCCAAAGUGGACGUGAGAAUCUGAGGAGCUAAAAGCUGAAGUGGAAAGAGUUUGAGUAACUGUGGUGUCAGGGCUGAGGGUUGAGGUUAGAGCUGAUGGUGAAACAAACGUCUGUCAGUUUCUUCACUUCACACCCAUCUGUGGAUCUCACUGACACUCUUUUGCUUUCCUGAAGCAACCGGCUGUUUCACUGGAUGUGGUUUUAUCUCCAUUCAAAUGAGCUGCUGGAGCCGUGCGACGUCAGGCUGCUUUGGGUGGUGCGUUCACAGACCUCGGUGUUAAAGAGAGACCUGAGUUUGACCACUGAGGACGGAGCUCAGAAGGAAAACAUCAAGAAGAACAGAUACAAAGACAUCCUGCCAUAUGACCAGUCUCGGGUUGUGUUGUCUCUGCUGACCUCAGACUGUGACUCUGAUUACAUCAACGCCAGCUUCAUCAAGGGGGCGUCGGCAGACAAGAGGUACAUCGCCUCUCAGGGUCCUCUGAGCUCCACGCUGAUCGACUUCUGGAGGAUGAUCUGGGAGCACGACGUCAAGGUGAUAGUCAUGGCCUGCAGAGAAAUAGAGAUGGGAAAGAAAAAGUGUGAGUGUUACUGGAGUCCAGCUCAUCAGUCUGCGUCAUUCGGACCGUUUACCGUCUGCAACCAGGGGGAGACUCGUCCUAAUGAAGACCUGGUGGUCAGAAAUCUGACUGUCUCAUACCAGCAGGACAGCCGUUCACUGAUUCAGUAUCAGUUCCUGUCGUGGCCGGAUCAUGACGUUCCCUACGAGGCUGCAGGAGUCCUGGACCUGCUGGAGAGAGUCAGACACAGCCAGGGAACACACACCUCGCCUGUGCUGGUACACUGCAGUGCAGGCUGUGGGAGGACAGGAGUCAUCUGUGCUCUCGACUACAUCCAUGACCUGCUGGUUACCAAGCAGAUCACAUCGGACUUCAGCAUCAUGAACAUCGUCCUGGAGAUCCGCAGACAAAGACCCUCUGCAGUCCAGACUAAAGAUCAGUACCAGUUCAUCUUCACGGCCGUCACCUGCAUGUUUGAGCAGAUCCUGCAGACGGACCGCAGUCGGCUCUACAGCAACCUGCCCGAGCUGAAGAAACCAGAGAGAGAAUCCACAAAAACCCCUGCUUCCUACACCAAGAGCCUGCCUCAGCAGCCGGCCAUGAAUGACACGUACGCUGUGGUCAACAAACCCAAACAUUCCCACCCACCUUCAUCAGGCCCCGCCUACUCUACUGUAGCCACGCCCAGAUCCAACAGUGCGAGCAGGUCGCUGCCCUCGUCUCAUCACUAUGACAACGACGCCAUGGGAGCAGCGGCUCCGGUCUACAGCACGGUCAGACCGCGAGCUAAAGGCCUCAGCCUGCAGCACUCCGCCACGCCCAUCUAUGACAUGGCAACACCAGCCAAUCACAGGCUGGGGGAGGGGCCAGCAUCACUAGGCAACAAUGGAGACUAUCAGCUGAUUGCAGCUGAUCAUCUUUCAGAGGCGGACGACGAUUACGAAGAUUUCUCCUCUUCGGUCUCAGACUCGACCAACCCGUGUUCACCUGGUGGCAUCGGGUUUAAUUGUCGCAUCCAGAAGCCCCGAGGACCCAGAGAUCCUCCUGCUGAGUGGAGCCGACUGGAGAGAUGAAACUGGUUCAACUGGUUCAACUGGUUCAACUGGUUCACUGUUUGACUGGAUUAAAGUUAUUUUAGUUGAACUGCAGCGAGCGCGACUGUGAGGCUGAAAUCUGUUCAUAUUUCUGGGCAGUGUGUGAAUUAUUAAAAUAUGUGUGUGAACAUCACAGAUUUAACCUCUGAACAACAGACUGGACUUCAUUCAAAGCACAGAGGUUUUAUCUGUUGGACCAGAGUUCCCAGUUCACACAGAACUCAACAGUAAAAAUAAUUUAAAAAACAUUUGUGGUGAACUCUUUAAUAAUUGACUAUAAAGGGAAAAUCUGGUGUUUUUCAACGUGUGUGUUAUUCUGAUUAUUGGUUGUAAGAAAUGUGACUCAACUUAUUAUAAUAAUGAUAAUAAACUUUAUUUAUAUUAA